AUGGAUGACCAGAACUACAGUGUGAUCCAGACGCCUUCGCCCUCCGGGAUCCGGGGCAGCGACGCCGACACAGGGAGCCGGGGUUAUGAGGUGGAGAGGAGAGACAUGACGGUGGAAAACAUGCUGGAGGAGUCCGCCGUGCUCUCGGCGCCUCACCUGUCCGUGGAUCGAUACGAGCGCAGCCGUCAGGGAUGCUGCGAGCGGGUGGUGAUCAACAUCUCGGGUUUACGCUUCGAGACGCAGCUGAAAACUUUCAACCAGUUUCCAGAGACGCUGCUGGGGGAUCCGAGGAAAAGGAUGCGCUACUUUGACCCACUGAGGAACGAGUACUUCUUUGACAGGAACAGACCCAGCUUCGAUGCCAUCCUCUACUACUACCAGUCAGGGGGGCGCAUACGGAGACCUGUUAACGUCCCCAUUGACAUUUUCUCCGAGGAGAUCCGCUUCUAUCAGCUCGGGGAGGAGGCCAUGGAGAAGUUCCGAGAUGAUGAGGGGUUCAUUAAAGAGGAAGAGCGCGUGCUGCCCAAAAAUGAUUUCCAAAAACAGGUUUGGCUCCUCUUUGAGUAUCCCGAGAGCUCGGGGCCAGCCAGGGGCAUCGCCAUAGUCUCGGUUCUUGUCAUUUUGAUCUCCAUAGUGAUUUUCUGCAUGGAGACUCUGCCCGAGUUCAGGGACGAGAGGGACCAAGCCACAGUGGCACCCACGAUCAAUGGCACUGCCCCCCAAGUGCCGAGCCCCUUCACGGACCCUUUCUUUGUCAUCGAGACUCUGUGCAUCAUCUGGUUCUCCUUCGAGCUGCUGGUCAGGUUCUUCGCCUGCCCCAGCAAAACUUGCUUCUCCAAGAACAUCAUGAAUAUCAUCGACAUCGUGGCCAUCAUCCCCUACUUUAUCACUCUGGGGACCGAGCUGGCCGAGAGGCAGACCAACAGCGGGCAGCAGGCCAUGUCCCUCGCCAUCCUGAGGGUGAUCAGGCUGGUGAGGGUCUUCCGGAUCUUUAAGCUGUCUCGACACUCAAAGGGACUUCAGAUUCUGGGUCAGACCCUCAAAGCCAGCAUGAGGGAGCUCGGCUUGCUCAUCUUCUUCCUCUUCAUCGGAGUUAUCCUCUUCUCCAGCGCGGUUUACUUUGCGGAAGCAGACGACCCCUCGUCCAGCUUCACCAGCAUCCCAGACGCGUUUUGGUGGGCUGUGGUCACCAUGACGACGGUGGGGUACGGAGACAUGCAUCCGGUGACCAUCGGGGGGAAAAUAGUGGGGUCUUUGUGCGCAAUAGCGGGCGUGCUGACCAUUGCCUUACCCGUGCCAGUGAUUGUGUCCAACUUCAACUACUUCUACCACCGUGAGACGGAGGGAGAGGAGCACCCUCAGUACGUCCACACGGGCAGCUGUGAGCACCUCCCCUCUGAGGAGCUGAGGAGGUCCUCGUGCAGCUCCUCAUCACUCAGUAAAUCCGAGUACAUGGUGAUAGAGGAGGGCAUCAACAGCGCCUUCAAGCAGCCCAACUUCAGCACUGAGAACAACCAGAACUGUGUGAACAUCAAAAAGAUCUUCACUGAUGUGUGA